AUGGAGAGGAUUCCCUAUGCCUCGGCAAUAGGAAGUCUCAUGUAUGCACAAGUUUGUACGCGUCUGGAUAUUGCGUACAUUAUUGGAAUGUUAGGCAGAUAUUUGAGUAACCCAGAUCACUGGAAAAAAGCAAAACGGGUUAUGCGGUAUUUACAAAGAACUAUAGAUUAUAUGCUCACAUACUGUAGAUCCAGUCAUUUAGAGAUCGUGAGAUAUUCAGACUCCAAUUUUGCGGGAUGUCUUGACAGUAAGAGAUCCACUUCAGGCUACAUCUUCAUGUUGGUUGGAGAAGCAGUUUCAUGGAAAAGUGUUAAACAAACACUUAUUGUUUCUUCCACCAUGAAGGCAGAAUUCAUAGCUUGCUACGAGGCAUCAAACCAUGGGAUAUAG